AAAUUUUUCCAAGAGAUUCCAGUUUAAAAGACAAGUUCAUAAAACAUUUUACAGGGCCAGUCACAUUUUCAUCAGAGUGUAGCAAGCACUUUCAUCGACUGUAUCACAACACAAGAGACUGCUCAACGCCAACCUAUUACAAAAGGUGUGCAAGGUUGCUAACGAGAUUAGCAAUGAGCCCUUUGUGUACACAGUCCUAGGAUGUUUGCUAUACUUUCUACCAAGGAGAGAAAAUUCUGAUUUGCCAAGAAAGUGCCUUGAAAUCUUCAAAAAUGGAGAAAACAUCUUUUACCUUUUUGAUUUACAACAUUUUGUUACUAGAUGCAUUUUAUUUUCAUAUAUUUGUUGGACAUUCCAUAUUUCUGUGAAACAUUAUUUUAUUUUGUAAAUUUGUUGCCUAUAGUUCAGAUAAGCCAAUUAUUUAAAUACAUUGUAUAUAAAGAAUACUAAUGAUAUACUGAUUAAAUGUUAUAACCAUAUGCAGGGAGUUGGUAAAAGUUUGCUGUUUCUCUUGUUCCAUUGUAUUUACAUUGUUCUGCUCAGGCUCUUACUUUCAUUAUUUGCACUAACUUGAAAUGCAGAAGUCUAUGUAACUGAAAUCUGAAUAAGCUGUAAGUGGGGAAGUUUUACUUGCCAUGGAAGAUAUUUUAUAUUAUGAAGCUUUGUUAAUAUAUACAUAUAUAUUAUUGCGCAUCAGAAAAAAAAUUGCUCAGAAAUGCACCUUGCUUUCAGGAACAUUUGUAUGACUAUUCUGGACUUUCAUCAGUUACAUUUGUACUGGCACUUAUGGAAAGAGUUGCAAAUAAUGUAAAUAUAAAGACUGGAAAACUGCAAUGCAGUUUUGGUGGAAUAAAGAAC